AUCAGCUGACUGACUUUCACCCAUUUCGAUUUCCUUAUUUUGAAUCAACUCGAUUGCCAUCUUUUGUAUAUUGCCUAGUCUAGAAGGUAAUGACCUGAUCUAAAGUAAACAUAAGAUUCAAAUUUUGGGGACAGUGACAGGGUUGUUUGACAAUGCCUUUCGUGGUCUGUAAUCUUUCAUUUUGGGUUUAGUUUUUGACCCCUAGGCCUAUGGCUAUGCAAUGCAUGCUAUGGCCUAUGUGAUGUCUGAUGUUUUCUUUGAUUGAAGGAGUAGGAGAUGUCCAAGUCAUAGAUGACACAGCUGCAUUGUGCACCUGAUUUAGUGAUUAUGCAUGAUUUAUGUCAUUUGCUGGCUCUGUUAGUUGAUUGGUCAGUUAUGCGCAAACCGUACCAUAUGGGGGACGGAAGUUCCCAAGUCGUAUAGGCCAAUCCCCCAAUGGCAGUCUUAUCAUAGAGAGUAAACAAAUGUUCUGUACAUGCAUGAGUGUCUCUGCCAGGAUAGACUCAAAAUCACACACAUGGCAUGAUGAUCAUGGCCCGGGGAAAUGUGUUUGAUAUAACUUGAUGUAGACUAAAUCUCUGAUGGCAAAGAUAAAAAAUGGACUAUGCUAUGAUGAUAAUGGACAGAACUAGAAAUCUGUAUCACUUCUUCCUUGUAAUUUCUACAAAAAAAGGCUCAACAUCAGCGUUUCUCAACCAAGUUCCCAAAUCAUUCACUGAGCUCAAAAUCGGAUAAGGGUGUAUCUCGAGGGGACGUUUUUACUAACAUAUUUCAGACUUCCAAGAAGUUUUAGGAUGACCAAAAUCGUCGUCAUUGGUGCUGGGGUAGUGGGCCUCUCUGCGGCCGUCCAGUUACAAGAGAAGUAUCCCAAUGCCGAUAUCACUUUGGUAGCAGAUAAGUUUGCCAAAGAAACUACGAGCAAUGGAGCGGCGGGAAUUUAUCGACCGACGAUGCAUCAUUCUGCCGGAAAUGAUCUCCAACAAAUGAGACAAUGGUCGAAAGACUCAUGGGACUUCCUCCAUGGUUUGGCACGGUCAGCGGGAGCCGCAGAAAGUGGUAAUCAACUGGUCACUUUAUUCAACGUCUCUAAAGAUUACGUCGGGCCUGGUGUCUACUCCGAGUUUUGUCUUGACUACCGCGAGUUAACCCUCGACCAAGUGCAUACAUGGGGCACUCAAUUCAACCAUGGUUAUACCGCCACUGUUGUUAUCACACAAUGCAUCAGGUAUUUGCCAUGGUUAAUGAUAAGGUUCAAAGAGAAAGGGGGAAAAGUAGAAAAAAGAAGAGUCGAUUCGUUUGAUGAGUUUACAGGCAAGUACGAUAUUGUUGUCAAUUGCACCGGAUUCGGGAGUCGGAAACUGUUGGGUGACAUGAAAGUUUACCCCGUCAGAGGACAGAUAUUACAGGUUUCUGCGCCAUGGAUCAAACAUGCUGUGUACGAGAACAGUGGUGACGGCACUUACAUCAUACCUUGCACAGACUAUGUAGUUGUUGGCGGGUGCCGCGAAGUGAAUAAUUUCAGCACAGACGUUAAUGAAAAACAGUCUGAAGAGAUAUUUGAAAAAGCAUGUCGUUUCUACCCUCCACUGCGGGGAGCUAAGAUCAUAAGAUCUUGGGCUGGUCUUCGUCCCUACCGAGAGCCGAUUAGAGUUGAGAAAGAGAUCAUGAAUAUCGGGGGUCAGAAGCUGAAGGUGGUUCACAAUUACGGUCAUGGAGGUAACGGCGUCUGCCUCAGCUGGGGAACAUCUGUCAAUGCCGUCAAGAUGGUGGAUGAACUACUGAAUCAACCAAUCCAGUCAAACCUUUAAUUACAAAAAACCAAUAGUUACUGUAAACCCCAUUAUUUUUGUGAGAAGGGGUUAACUGCACUGCCAUAAUUUCAGUGCCACCUUUUCCCUAUAUGUAUCAGAAUAUGUUUGAUAGUUGUUCGCCAUUUUCAGAAAAAUGUUGCUGAACUGGAUAAUUUUUAAUUUUGAGGCAGGCCAGCAUUUUUGAGGCCUUCGCAUUUCUUGGAGGCACUGAAUGAAAAUUCAUUAGUAUUGCAAACAGUGGGGUUCUACAUUUCUUGUGAUGACGAUAUCUGUCGGGGCAGCGGGUGAUAGGCUCCUCUGCAUUCGCAGUGGCGGGACCAAAGCUAUGGAAUGAGCUUCCAAAUAGUGUUCGUGGCCAGAGUACCCUGGGUCGUUUUAAAACUGCACUAAAAACUCAUAUUUUUAAGAAAUUCUUUUGAAUCCU